ACUUUCAAGGUUACACGAACGACGUGUCUAUUAUAAACGAAAUGGGCAUGCGGUGACCACGGAGUAAUUUACAUAAUUUUGAGACAAUUUUAAAUUAACAACUUAUGAAGAUUAGUAAGAUACUUUCUUGACUAUUUCAGACAAGAUGUGGAGAAGUGUGUUGAAGAGCUUGCUGGUUUUGGCUGGGACCACUGUGGCAGUCCCCUAUGUUAUUACCUCGGUCAGCAGUGUACUGUAUGGCUGGGGUGAAAGGAAGAACAAAGUCCGCAGAACGCUCAGCCCCUUCAAAGUGAUAGCAUUUAGUUACACUCUCCUUCAGAUGAUGCAGAUCAAACUGAGAUAUAUACCUUUAUAUAUACAGUGGAAACGGUUUUACAGCUUUGCAAAACCAUCACAAGUUCUAAAGAACUUAUCUUAUGGAAGGCAUGAGGAGACUCUAGACUUGUAUUUGCCACAGACAAGAAAAGGAAAUGAUAACAUUCCUGUGGUUAUUUUUGUAUCUGGGGGAGCCUGGUCCAUGAAAAAUAAAGAAAUGUAUGGACUUCUGUGUUCGGAGAUGGCCAAUAAACUUCAAGUUGUUGUCUGUUGUCCCAACUAUUCUGCUUACCCUAAGGGCUAUGUGGAUGACAUGAUUCAGGAUGUGGUGGAUUGUUUAUGCUGGAUCAAUGAGAAUGUAGGAGACUAUGGUGGAGACAAGGAUCAACUAAUGUUGAUAGGCCAUUCAUCUGGUGCUCACCUUUGUAUUAUGGCAAUCAUGGAGCUACUGCACGACGACAUUUUGAAUGUAGAGGACCUGCCAAUUUCUGAAUCAGUGGCUCCCCAGAUUCACUUUGAAGAGUCUCACUAUAAAAGGGAGGAAUCAAAUGGACAUAAUCUGGAUGGAAGCUCUGGAUCUUCAGGCUCCUUCUGUGUGUUAAAUGAUAAUGGGGAGAAGAAAGACAGCUUGGAAGCCAGCAACACCAGUAGUACGUACGAAAUGUUAAAGAAGCCUGAAGCAGAUGUUAUGGAAGAAUCUGUUGCUGCAGGUUAUGUGAAACCAAUGAUGGACAGUGACAUUGAAAAAGUAGAGGUAGGGAAGGGUGAAAGUGCUAAACAAGGGGAGCUAAGUGAAAGUAAACCGUCCACUGAAGACUCUAAUGUUGAAAGGAGACCUGCAGAAUCAGAGGAGGAAGAAGUGGGCAGCGAGCAUGAUUCUGUCAUUACAGUUAGGUCCAAUGACAGACAAAGGACACUGGUAGAUAUUGGGAAAUCUGUCAAGGCUGUUAUAGGUUUAGCUGGAGUAUACCAUAUAGGGGACCAUUAUGAACACGAGACAUCCCGGGGUGUUGAAGAUGUGUCCUGUAUGGCUAGAGUCAUGUAUGGAGAGAGCCAUUUCGACAGAUUUUCACCAACCAGAUUGUGCCAUUCACUCUCCCGAGGAGUCAGAUUACCAAAGAUUGUAUUGCUUCAUGGAACAAAAGACUACGUUGUACCAGAGUCCUCCAGCGUUAAGUUUUGUGAUGUACUGAGAGACCUUUAUGUAGAUGUUGCACUACAUAUCAUACCAGACUGUGAUCACUAUGAAAUAUGUCUAGAUUUGAUGAAAUCUAAUCGUAAAUUUUAUCAACCAGUUAUGGGCGUUAUUUUACAAACAGCAAAAUCUGUUCUUUCAGACAAGUGAUACAUGUAACAACAACCAUUUUUUUUAUAACUUACAAUUUCUGCUGAUUGUUUUUCAAACCAUUAUUUCUAAAAAUACGCUUAGAUUGAAUGGUCUUCUUUCAUGUUAUAUUUCUGAAAGAAGAAUUGUCUCAAUUAAAAUUGUUGUGUAAUUCCAUGUUCUUUGUUCCAAUAUGUUCAUGAUGUACCUGGUACUAGGUACUUUGCUUUGUUUUGAAAAUUCUAUUUGACCUUCUUUUAUCAUGAUGAAAAACAGUGAUUGUAGGGGAGGUACAUUGUACUUUCUAUUAUUAAUAAAAUUGUACUAAAGAAAAACAUUGUGUAUUGUAUAAAAUUGAUAUAAUU